CUAGCUCGCGCUUUUCGUCCAGCUUUCCAUCUUGCCUCUGCUCUACAUCACGGCACAGCCAGCGCUCUGUACUGGUGGUGAUUGUUGUUGUAGAGAAUAAUGGCGGCAUCGGGAGGCGGAUUAUCAUCUCCCACUAAUGUCACAGUCCUAAACAACCAGGGCCAGGCACGGGCUCGCUUCCCUGGUCGGCCGUGGUCAACUCGAAAUCGGCUUCGGUUCGAGAAACGUCCCCAACGCGGAAGGUUGGGUUCUGACUGUGGAGAUGUGACCCUCGGAGGGCCGAGGCCCAUAAACAUCGGACUCACUUUGAGCGAGGAUCCUUCGCUACUGCGCCUACUCGGUGUAACUGAGAAGUAUGGGCGCCAGAAAGAUGCGGGAUUUGAGUCGAGCGGGAGUGAAGAGGAGGAAGAUUUCACUGGAUUUGGGACACAAACAGUUUGUUCCCAUCAGCUUCCGGGAAGCUCUCCUCUGUCAUCACCUACCCAGGCUAAGCCUCCUCCGGCCCCCGACCUGUCCCCACAAUCCAAGCCGCUGAUUGGAAAAAUUGUGCCACGGAGCCCCAAACCCACUCUGAUUGGAAAAAUUGUACAGAGGCCUCGUAAAGAAGGCCGUGGUGAUACAGUCAGAGUACCCGGUUCUCGGAUAUCCAUUAAGCUGCCUGCCAAGCAGGUAACCCCAAGUCCGGGCACCGAAAGUACCGGAAGACAGUCCUCAGGCUCCACACUGACAAAAGUGGCCCCGGGGUUGCAGCGCAAAGCGGCCACAAAAGAGCACACUACUCAGGGUUCUACCUCAGCCGCUGGCACCAAACAGGAUAAGCUUGUGUGUACCCUGACAGUUGUCAAGGGCAAAGGGAGAGGCUCCAGGCUGAAAGGGGCCGGUAAGGGCUCAAAGCACGCCCAGGCAGACCAAAGCUCUGGGAAGGGGACCAAGGGGUCUCGGCACCAGCAAAAUGAGUCUGAAGGAGCGUCGCAAUCCCAAGCUCCUACCAAGAGACGGCAGAAGAAGAAGGUGGAGUUGGACAUCGGGGCUUCCCCUGAGGGUGAAGCCCUUAGUGGACAGGCGGCGCCAACGCUCUCCCAGGGGAUCGCAGAAGAUUCCCCCAAGAAAAAGCCAGUGUUCAGAAAAGUAAAAAAAUCGCUGUUCGGGCAACGACAACAGCAGCAUAGCAAACCCGCCCAGAAAUUGGGCGGCAUUAAAAUCCGACGCGUGUUUUACACCUACGUCCCUGAGCCUGUUCCAGCUGCUCUGAAUCAGGAAGGGGAGGCCGAGCCGCCACAGGGUCUGAGCUCCAGUAACUCCGCCGCACCUGUCGUCAGCGCUAGGUCUUCCAGGGUCAUUAAAGCCCCCAAAAGAUUCCUGGAUGAGGAGGACGCCGUCCCUAAGAGAUCCCUGCUCAAAUCGGGGUCCGCGUUGGAAGCUGGCGGCUCUGCGCAGAGUCCAAACUCCAGCCACCUGGAGGUGUACAAGAACCUCAAGAAGCUGACGUCCAAACUGGCCGAGAAGAAGAAGGGCCCUUCAGGCGCCAAAGGGGAGGACCUGUGUGCAGGCUCCGGCUCAACCCCUCCGGUCCGGAAGAGACGCCGGUCCAAGAUAAAGAUGGAGGAGGUGGACACGCCAGGGGUUGUGAGGAAGCUCGCUGUGUUGCUGAACAUCAAAGCCAGCGCCGUGCACGCCCAGGUGCCCUUGAGCGAGCCAGUAGCGGAAGGAGCACUGGAUACAGACGCUCAAAGCUACCUCGAGGCUCAGGACAGUGGAGAUGUAGCAGAGGCCAGUGGCCAGAGCCAGCGGAUGAGCCUCACGGGAGCCAAUAGGAGGAUGCUACACCUUUUGAAACGAGCCAAGGUCCAGCUCAUCAAGAUAGACCAGCAGAAGCAGCUGAAGAUGGCCCAGUUGGGGUCAAGAGAAUCAGGAAUGGUGGCAAGUGGUAGGCGGAGAAGGAGGAGAGCGCAGAAAUCCAACGAUGAAGGCAACACUCAGGAGCAGCCACUCGGGGGCCCCAGGAUAAAGCACGUGUGCCGGGCAGCCGCGGUGGCCCUUGGCCAGCCCCGGGCCAUGGUGCCGGACGACAUUCCCCGACUCAGUGCCCUGCCGCUCCACGAGAGAGAGGGCAUCGCGCUGUUGCCCGUCGCAAAACUCGAGGAGGGCGGGGACGAGGACGGCUCCGGCCAGGAGUGGGCUCAGUGGGAGCCCCCGGAGAGCCGAGUCCAGAGGCGGUGGAAAAGGGGCCGCAUCCGCUCCCGCCGCUGCGGGGUGUGCAGGGGCUGCCGGGUGCAGAAGGACUGCAGCACGUGCACCAACUGCCUGGACAAGCCCAAGUUCGGGGGGCCCAACACCAAGAAGCAGUGUUGCACACACAAGAAGUGUGAACGGAUCGAGAAGGGGAAAGAAGGCCGUAUCAUGAGACCGUUUAAACUUCACCGGAGGCGGUCGUCGUCUGCCGCAUCGAGCGCCGAGAGGGCGGAGUCGGGGGACGGACUCCCUGCGGACGCCGUACCCCCCGGCGACAGGAGACACUCGCGGCGCAACAUCAAGCAUCGCUCCUACAGCAACCUGCUGAGGUCCGAGUCUGACGACGAGUCCGAGGCGGAGGAGCGGACGGUCAAGCCCGCGCACGCCAUCAAGCUCGCUCACGCCGCCAAGCUGGCGCGCGCCGCCAAGCUAGCUCACGCCGCCAAGCUGUCCCGAGGCGCCAAACCAGGCCGCGCCACCAAGCUAGCUCACGCCACCAAGCUAGCUCACGCUGCCAAGCUAGCCCGAGGCAACAAGCUAGCUUCCGCUGUCCCUAGCAAAAAGGGCUUCCCCUCCUCCAAGGACGGCAGAACGGCCCUCUGUGACCUCCCCAGCGAGGCAGGCAGGCACCGGCGGCCCGGCCCCAAGGGAUCUGCGGGCCGGUACAGAGCUCUGAAGGCAGUCCCUCCUCCACAGGCACAGGGGAAGGCAGAAGGGGAGGAGCCCAGAGGAGCCAGCCCGCCCCGGGACCCACUGCCACCCCUGCAGCAACGAUGCUUACAAAUCUGUUUACACCGCCUGCCUGAGUCCAUGCUGCAGUUGGCUCCGCCCCCACUGGCUCCGCCCCGACUGGCUCCGCCCCUAACCCCUACAGCUCCGUCCCCUGCGCCCUCGCUGGCAGCAGCUCCAUCCUCGCCCCCGACCAUGCUGCCGCCAAUUCCAUCCCAACCCCCGCCCCUACCGGCUCCAGCCCCAUUCUCGCCCCCAGCGUCGCCAGAUAAUCCAUCGCCCCAGCGCAUAAUAACCCCGCCCCUACUGGCGCCAGCCCCAAUCUCGCCCCCAGCGGGGCCAUCUAUUCCACCGCCCCAGCCCAUAAUAACCCCACCUCCAACCACCACUCGCAUUUCAGCAGCCCCUUCUAAAAAGGAGACGCUUCUUAAAUUGUCCCGACUUGUAAAAAGCCACACGACUGCCCAUAACCACCGUGUAGCCGUACGCGCGCUUCCCAAAGCGGAGCGGUCCAUGCGGCUGGUCGUGCCGCGGCUGCCCGACUCUGUGGUCCUCGCAGCUUCAAAAACACACGACCUUGUAGCGCCGCCACCGCCGCGGCCAGACCCUCCGACGGCAGAGGGCACGGCUCAACCGCCACCCAGGCAGCCAGCACAGCUACGCCUGUGUUUACUCCGGCUGGACGAGCCGCUGGUGAGGUCCUUAGUGCUGGCACCACGGGGGCAUGAGGCUGAAGAAGAGGAGAAGGGAGAGGGGGAUGGAGAGGAGGAGGAGGAGGAGGAGGACGAUGAGAACGAUGAGAGCGAUGGAGGAACGGACACGUCGUGGAGCCAUGGGCGUGGAGAUGAGGCGAGCUCCGUUAGUGAGCGGUUGCAGGCCCAUGCCACACACGGUGACCCCCGCUCUGUGCUUCGUUCCCAGAAUGCUGGAGAGUGUGCUCCGCCCAGCGCCCCGGGAGGGUUGCAUAACGGAUUCGCCCACAAGGGUCUGCUGCAGAGCACGCGCAGGAUCCGUGUGGACUUCAAGGAGGACUGCGCUCUGAAGAACGUGUGGCUGCUGGGCGGCCUCAGCGUGCUGACCUCCGUACCCACCACACCACAGCCGGUCUGCCUGCUCUGUGCCAGCAAGGGCCACCACGAGCUGAUCUUCUGCCAGAUCUGCUGCGAGCCGUUCCACAGCUUCUGCCUCCUGCCCGAGGAGCGCCCCCAGGAGGAGAACAAGGAGAACUGGUGCUGCAGGCGCUGCAAGUUCUGUCACGUCUGCGGGCGCAAAAGCAAAAGCACCAAGCCUGUAUUGCAGUGCAGGAGAUGCCAGAACUCCUACCAUCCUUCAUGCUUGGGACCGACCUACCCCAAGCCUUUGAACUGUAGCACACCCUGGGUGUGCAUGGUGUGCAUCCGCUGUAAGAGCUGUGGGGUAACGCCUGGGAAGAACUGGGACAUGUCCUGGAACCACGAGCAGGACCUCUGCCCUGACUGUACACCCCUGUACAAGAAAGGGAACUUCUGCACCGUGUGCCACCAGUGCUACGUGACGGGGCCUGAGCAGCCCAUGCUGCAGUGCUCCGCCUGCUGCCGCCUCGUGCACUCCAAAUGUGAAGGUGUCUCCGAGGAGCUGUUUGGGCUGUUCUCCAGCCAAGUGGAGCGCGUUGCCUUCACAUGCACGGCCUGCAGCACGGCAUGCAGCCCGGGCGGUGCUGCAGGCAGCGGGUGGAGGGAGCAGCUCCAAGGUGCGCUCAGGGCCAGGAUGGAGCAGGUGCUGAAGGAGCUCCUGUCCUCCAGCACCACCCAGCACCUCAACCGCUGCCGAACGUGUGUGGCCAGGGGGGAUGUGGACUACGUGGUUGAAGAGCAGAAACCAGUCUGUGACUUUUGCGCCAUGGGCAAGAAGUUGGAAAAGGGGUGCUACACCUCCAUAAAAGCAUUCCAUGCGGACGUUGCCUUGGUGAUGCGGAGGUGGCUGAAGCAGGAAGAGCCUUUUCCUGAGGCUCAAAGACCCACCACUCAGGCUAAGGAACACUACCUCAAUCUGAUGAAGCAGGUCUUCACUUGGUUCAAUGGAGACGAUCUGAAUAUUUGGGACCCACUGUCCAAAGAAUACCCAGGAGCGAUGCUCCCUUAUGCAGUGAUGCCUCCCUCCAGGGAGCACAGCUACGCCCAGUGGCUGGAGAGGACCUACCAAGCCUGCGAGGACAGCCCAGCCCAAGCCCCCUCGCUCCCAGACACCAAGCCCCUCCCUGAGACCGAAGGACCUAAGUCCCACGGUUUGCCCAAGGAUGUGUCCUCGUCCAGAAGCAGGGAUGAGCGGCAGUGCGUACUUUGUCAACACUUUGGAGACGAGCUACCAAGCGCCGAGGGCCGCCUCCUGUACUUGGGGCAGAACGAGUGGGCGCACGUCAACUGCUGCAUAUGGUCUGCGGAGGUGUACGAGGACAACAGCGCUCUCCUGCAGGUGCACAGUGCCGUCUCUAGGGGGCGCUACCUGCGUUGUGACCACUGCAGUCAGUCAGGAGCCACAGUGGGCUGCUGUCUGUCCAGCUGCCAGAGUAACUUCCACUUCAUGUGUGCCCGGGCUCGGAACUGUAUGUUUCAGCUGGACAGGAAGGUGUACUGCUACAAGCACAGGGACCUCGUCACGGAAAAGAUGGUUUCUGGGAUGGGCUUUGAAGUUCCGAGGCGUAUCUACGUGGACUUUGACGGCAUUGCGCUCAAGAGGAAGUUCCUCAUGGGCCUGGAGCCGGAGUCCAUCAGGAUGACCAUAGGUUCUCUCCAGAUCCAGAAACUGGGCGUAUUAUCCGAGCUUUCGUCCAAUGGGAAGAUGUUGUACCCCACCGGCUAUCAGUGUUCCCGGCUGUACUGGAGCACCGUGGACCCGCGCAGGCGCUGCAAGUACACGUGCAGGGUGACGGAGGUGAGCACCCCUCUCCCAGGGCAGGAGCACGACCCCAGGUGGGACAAGGAUGAGAACCAGACCAUCAUCCACAGCCCCAGUCACCAGCUCGAGAUAGAGUCACCCGAGCCGCUGAGCUCCUCACCCAAGGAGGCCAAGUUAAACACUUCGUCUCCAAACUCCAAGCCGCUUGGACCCAGGGUCCCCGGCUACGCCCAUGCACGGAAACCAGCCGGGGGCUCCUCGCGACCGCUUCCCUCCCCAGGGUCCGCUCCUCCCAAGGCCCACCCCAUCCUGACCCUGCGGGACCUGGACGACACCCGUCGCCCCCGCCGCCUCUCGUCGCGGAGCCGCUGCAGCUCCUCCCCCACCGAGAGCGAGCCCCCCCGCUCGGCCGGCCCCGGCGCCAGGACGCCGCUGUUCGGCUCCCCCCUCCGCUCCCACCACGACCCACCGUCCACGCCGCCGUCUCCGUCGCGGCCGGGGCACAGCGCGGCGACCCCGCCCACCUCGCCCUCCGGCUUCUCCCCCCGGAGGAGCGGAGGCGCCACCACCAUCACCACCCCCCCCACCGCCACCAACACCACCGUCUCCCCAAAGGGCCGGCAGCUGUUCCGCAUCACCACGCCGGUGUCGGCCGAGGUGCCCCAGGACUUCAUGGCGCCCUCGGAGGCGGAGGCGGGGGCGGCCACCACCAACGGCGUCGCCCUGGCCGCAGACGUCCUGGAGGAGGAGGUGGCGCAGCUCAUGGCCCAGGAGCUGCCCUACACCGUGUUCGACGCCGACACGGAGGUCGCCGUGGCGUCCAUGCUCAACGCCAAGAUCGAGUUUGACGAGGCGCUGCUCACCGAGGACGUGGCGCUGCACCUCGGGCCGCACGGCGGCGCCGGCGGGGAGGCGGCGGGGGUCGAAGGUCAAGGCGAGGAGGCUCGGCGGGAGGAGCAGGGGGGCGGGGCGGACGACGACGACGACAACGUCGUCGACUGCAGCCCCUACUUGAAGUUUUCCCGCGUGGUGGUGGUCCGGGAGCCGAGCGAGGAGGGGGAGCGUCCGGGCGGCCCCCAGACCAUCCCCCAGCUGGACGGCGCAGACGGGGGCUCCGACAGCGACGAGAGCGAGGCGCCGGGCGGAGACGGAGACGGAGGCGGCGACGGGCCCCCGGGGCCCGCCGACUCGCCCACAAAGAAGCUGACCGUGGCUCUGCAGAGGCUGGAGUCCGUCCCCGUCGCCCCGCAGAAAAGUACGGCGGUCCCGGAGCGGUCCGCGCCGAGCCCGUCGGCGGUGCCGCCGCUCGCCGCGGAGCCGGGCCCCCUCGACAGCCACCUGCUGGCCGAGGAGGUGGUCCUGGACUCUGAGUCGGCCGCGCGGGAGAAGGGCCAGCUGGACCCGGCCACCGGUCACUUCAUAUCCACCGACGACGGCACCAUCGUGCGGCUGGCCAACAAACCGGGCCUGGUGAUGGACAUCAGCACGUCCUCCACGGACUCCAUGGACGAGGCGCCGCCGCCGCCGCCGCCGCCCAACCCGCCCAACCCGCCCAAGCCCGCCGUGGUCCCCAAAAGCGUGACCCCGGUGAUGGUCAAGCGCAUCUUCCCCAAACCCUGCGCUCCCCAGCACGGCUCGGAGCUGAGGCUGCCCAUCGCCUCCCGCUUCCUGCACACAGCCACCGCCGCCCCCGCCCCCGCCCCCACCGUCAGCUCGGCGCCACGCAUGGUCACCUCCCCCAUCGUUAUCAACGGCCUGCCCAUGCAGACGGGCACGCCGCGGGGGCGCACCAUCGCCAUCCGCUUCGACUCCUCCAAGCCCGGGGCGCCGCAGCAGCAGCUGCUGAUCCCGGCGCAGGCCGGCGCGUCCCACUGGGUCACGUCGGUGCCCCCCGCCCCGCAGGUCCUCCUGGUCAACCGCCAGGGGCAGAUCCUGCUGAAGGACCCCCGCUCCAACACCUACCAGACGCUCAACCAGAACUCGCCGGCUUACGGCCGGAUCAGCCAGGUGGCCAAGAUGCUGCACGGCGGGAACGCCCUGCAGCGCUCCGUCCCCCGCGUCAUCGUCAAGCCGCGCGCCGGCUCCGCCCACCCGGCCCCCCCGGCCCCCGGCGCCGCCGCCGCCCCCCGCCCCGCCCUCGGGGCCCCGCACCCGGCGGCCUACAGCGGCCGGGUCAUCGUGAGGACCCUGCCCGUCAACCGCAUGAUGGCCGGCGCUUCGGCCUCGCCGCCGGCGCCCGGCAUCCAGGCGGGCACGGCGCAGGCCAUCAUCAGCCAGGCCAUCGCCAACCAGCGGCACACUGGGCACCCCCAGCCCGCCGCGCUCGCGGCCGGCCGGCGGCCCAUGCCCAGGAUCCUCACCCCCACGCAGUUCAGGGCCCUGCACGUCUCCGGGAAGGCGGGGUCACCGGACGCUGAGCCGGCCGGCCAGCCCGCCGCCGCCGCCGCCGCCGGGGUCAAGGAGGCCACGCCGUGGCACCACUCGCCGGCGGGCAUCAAGAGGCUGGCCGCCCUGUCGGACCGGCCUGGGAGGAAGAGGUGUCGGACGGACUUCAUCAGGGACCUGGACGGUCCGCAGGAAAACAGAUCCAGUGGUGUGAGAAUGAAGUCCCCUACAUUGAAGGAUGUUCUCGAUCUGAACAAGGAGCUGGUGCCAGAAAAACCAAAGAACGCAGAUCCAGAAUCUGCAGUACACGCCAGGUCCCAGCAGGCGGACGGCGGGCCAGGCGGGGCCCAACACAGCAGGAGUAGUGGGGCUGGUGGAGGUGGGGACCUUCAGGGUAAGACCAGCGUCUGGGUCUGCGCUCACCACGGAGACCUCUCCGACUGGGGCCCUAAUUCAGGAUUCAGCUCCGAAGAGGAGGGCCCGCCUCCCAAACAGGACAACAGGAAGUACAUGAACCAGCCCCACCUGCGCUUCGAGAUCACCAGCGAUGACGGCUUCAGCGUCAAGGCCGACAGCAUAGAGGUGGCGUGGCGCGCGGUGACGGACGGCGUGCUGGAGGCGCGGGCCGGCUUCCACCUGCGGCAGCUGCCGCUGGGCGUGGCGAGCGGCCAGCGCAUGCUGGGCGUGCUGCACGACGCCACCAUCUUCCUGCUGGAGCAGCUGGAGGGCGCGGGCAGCUGCCGGCGCCACCGCUUCCGCUUCCACCGCUGCGACGCCGCCGAGGUGGAGCUGCCGCUCAACCCCAGCGGCUGCGCCCGCGCCGAGGUGUACACACGGAAGUCGACCUUCGACAUGUUCAACUUCCUGGCGUCGCAGCACCGGCAGCCGCCCGACAUGGUGGCCCCCUGUGACGAAGAGGACGACGACUUCCCGCUCAAAUCGUCCAGACGCGCCACCAGCACAGAGCUUCCCAUGGCCAUGCGCUUCAGACACCUGGAGAGAACCUCCAAGGAGGCCGUGGGGGUUUACAGGUCUGAGAUCCACGGCCGCGGCCUGUUCUGCAAGAGGAACCUCGAGGCGGGGGAGAUGGUGAUCGAGUACGCCGGCAACGUCAUCCGAGCCGUGCUGACCGACAAGAGGGAGAAAUACUACGACAGCAAGGGCAUCGGCUGCUACAUGUUCCGCAUCGACGACUUCGACGUGGUGGACGCCACCAUGCACGGCAACGCGGCGCGCUUCAUCAACCACUCGUGCGAACCCAACUGCCACUCGCGCGUCAUCAACGUGGACGGCCACAAGCACAUCGUCAUCCUGGCGUUGAGGAAGAUCUACCGCGGAGAGGAGCUCACCUACGACUACAAGUUCCCCAUCGAGGACGAGAACAGCAAGCUGCACUGCAACUGCUCCACCCGCCGCUGCCGUCGCUUCCUCAACUAGGGGGUACCGGCGUCCUGUCCUCUCUCCUCUCUCACACUCACACACACAUGCACAAACAAGUUGGCAAUCUUGCUGUUAGUACUUGAAUUUCAAAGGUAAGACCUCAGGGGGGCGCGUAGGCACACCGCUGUGGGGUCACCGACCCUCGCGUUAACAGAACAACGCGCUGGUGGACAGAACGGGCCUGUUCUGCCAAGGAGCUCGGUCUCAGACGUUUCUUUCGGGGAUGUUUUUCUAACCCUUCUGUACUCUCCGAGUUCUCGGCUGUGAGGAUGUGGCGGGAGAGAGAUCGAUCACAAGGACCCAAUCGUCCCGACUGUUGCUGUUUAUUCGAUGACGCCCAGAUGUGGUUCUGUUUAAACGCAACGCAGCGUGCCCUGAAUCAAGGCCCUGUCCCUGGGAAACGCAAACAGGCGCCCGGCUGGCAUUGAGGAGAUAACCGUGGAGAGAGGCCCGCGGCAGUGGGCGUGGCCGCAGGGCAGUGGGCGUGGCCGCAGGGCCGUGGGCGUGGCCGCAGGGCCGUGGGCGUGGCCACAGGGCCGUGGGCGUGGCCACAGGGCCGUGGGCGUCCGUGGGCGGUCCCGUCCGCAGGGUCAUUUUCUCAGUACUGCUCCGUUGUCCCAAGAGGGAGGCCAGAGAACGCGUGUUGGAUACACGAGGAGGACGAGAGGAGUCCUCGGCACCUUACCCCCCUCCCCCCAUGUCCACUGCUAGCAUGGCUGUACAUAGCAGACGGGAAGGAGCUUUGGGUUGGGGGUGAAAUGGGAGAUAAACCCGUUUUCAGAGUGGCGAUGUUUAAGUUUUAACAGUCCCGAAAACACAACUCUUGCGAACGGAGAGCUGCACAUAUUUUUUUUCUUUUACCGUUACAAAGGUGGUGGUGAUUUGCUGUUUUUAUUCUUUUGCCCAUAUGUAGUACAAGGUUGAUUUUUAAAUAUCCAACCCCCCCCCGCAUCUCCCUUUUAGUCACUGUUGGGAUGUUUCUAUGUGUACAACAGAGCUUCUGUGACCAAAAUGAUCUUGUUUCUUACUAGUUUCUUUUGCAUUUAAUCCUGGAAUUGUUUUCCCCAUAUUUCUUUUGGUGCUGUCUAGGUUUAUGGAGGAGGGUUCGUUAGAAAUCUAAAAUAGUGAUGAAACUGCUCCCUCAGUCAUGUCUUCUUUUGUAUAUUAGAACAAGGGUUAACCAAUAUUCAACAUGCUUACAAUAAAUGUGUUAUCAACUAUUAUCUUUGUACUUGCUACUGAAGAGCCCUCUUUCCUCCAAGUAGAUGUGAUUAUUACCUAUGUACAUCUCCGGUGUCACUUGCCCCGUGUUCAUCAAGCCUCAGUCCCACCACACCGCGUCUCGGACCCUUAUUGUAGAGUGUUCUACCUCAUAGACACCGCCCACUGGCAGCAGGUUCGUCAUUUAAAACAUUGCACUCAAUGUGUUCAUUUUAGGGGCAGGAUGAAGGAUGUGUCUUCAUGAUUUGUAUACAUCUGUAUACAUCUAACCUGGUCAGCAAAUAUAUUGAUGAAUGCUAUUGGUCUUGUCUGGAGCAGUUUAAGUGACAAAACUGCGUUUCUAUCGAAUAUGUGUUUUAUGUCAGGUUAAUUUGUGUGGUCUGAACGCGCAACGUUUUUUCCAUUUGCUGAUUGGUGGAAAAGCAGCCAGUGGGUCACUCAGUUUUAAUGUUUUUAUUGCAGGUUUGGCACAGUCCCAUGAGCACUCAACGAAGUACAUGUGUGUAUUUAUGUCUUAUUUUUGUUUUCCGUUUACAUCAGUUUGCAACGUAUGUCAUGCUUUUUGAUUUGCCACCAUUUUGUCUCUCAGUCCGCUCCGCCUUGUACAUAAUUGUAUACAAAAUUUCUAACUCUGUUUCACAUUUUCUACAUGUUUUUAUUUAUAAUGUUUUUGCCCAAUAAAAAAUCUUGACAAGUUACAAA